AUGAUUGGCAGUGUCUUCUUCAUCUUCAACCGCAUGGUCGAGAUCGUCUUCCUGAUCCCGAUCAUUGGCAUGCUGGCCUACUUCGUCGACGGCUACCUAAAAGCAAACCAGCUAACACCAGCCUACAUCCUGGUCCUGUUUAUCGUCAGCACCAUCGCGAUUUUCUGGGCCGUCGACACGCUGAUCCGCUUCUCAACAACGAAGCGCUCCGCAAUCUUCGUCGCCUUCGUCGACAUGCUCUUCUUCGGCGCCUUCGUCGCAAGCGUCUACCAACUCCGCUUCAUCGCCAAAGCAGACUGCGUCAGCUGGCGCGGUGGCUCUGUCUGGGUCUCACUGGGUCCGUUUGGCUCCUAUGGGCGGAUCACAGAUAAUCCGCUCGCACUGGAUGUCAAGAAGACUUGUUCCAUGCUCAAGGCCUCGUUCGCGUUCGGUAUCAUGGAAGCGGUGUUUUUCUUCUGGACUGGGCUGUUGGCAUUGUUCUUGCACCACUCGCAUCGUCCGGCUGUUGUUAAGGAGACUACUGUGAGGAGACGCAGUCAUUCGAGUCGUCGUGGACAUGGUUCUGGCUCGCACCACUCUCGUCACCGCAGUUCUAGUCGCAGACCUGCGAAUUAUGUUGUUUGA